AUGAAAACAACAACGUUCUCGACCCCAUUAUGGCGGACUUAUCCCACCUCACUCAUUUCCUUCGACAAAGCGAUGAAGCCAGAUUCACCACUAUUUACUAGACACCAACAUCCCAGCAUCAACUGUUUCUACGCUCCCUCGGCCCGAGUCCCCGAUAACCAACCUAACACCAGGAAGGUCCUUCCAGGCGCUAAUCGUCCAGCAGUAUGGAAACCAUGA